UCAAAAAAUUUUUACUUUCCCCAGCACAAACAUUCAAGAUGCUGAAAAUGGCACAGGUGCUCCUCAUCUUCUGUCUCGCUGGGGCAACACAUGCCCUUUACAAGCAGUGGAUUCCUGAUACUAACUAUGAAAAUAAGACCAACUGGGAUAAAGGAGAUGUUCCAUGCGGCAGCGACAGAGUUCAGUUUUCAUCUCAGAGAAAAGUGUCUGUGUUUGUGGAAACCACUCAUGCCGUGCAAGAGAUGAUGCUUCCGAUGGAUGGAGAGAUAAUUCUGAAUUCGGGAGCUGGAUUUUAUGUGUUCAGCGGACAGGACCCUGAUUGUGGAGCAGGAGUGAGGACCAAGUUCAAAGACUCUGAGUCUCUACAUUGGUAUAAUCCAGCCCUGUGGCAGGCAGCUGCAACUCUGAAGGACCUGCAGGAUGGACAUUUCCUCUUCUCAGUGCAUGAGGAGAGCGUCCCCUGUCAGCAGGAUGAUGUCAUAUUCAAAGCGCUCUCCUCCUUCCGUGUGGACACCAGCUCCAGCCAGACCACCAUCCCUGUCAAAUCAGUGUCUGUGCUGGGAAAGGUAUUUGAUAGCAGAUUAGAGUUCUCCGAGUAUCUCAGCUCAGGUUCAGGCCAGCUGCAGUUUCAUGGGUCAUCAGCUGUCACCGCUGGAAACCCAAGUUGUGGGGAUCCUACUGGCUGUGACUGUGGGAACUCUGUCAACCAUGAACGGAUCUGCAGUGCAGUAACUUGCGGAUCUUUAAGCUGCAAAAAGCCUCUGCUUGCCGUGGGACACUGCUGUGAGGUGUGCGGUGCCAUUGUUACCAUCCGUUAUACUGACGGCUUUAACCUGCAAAAUUACAGGGAACGAAUCCGUCACCUGUUUCUUUCACUUCCACAAUAUAAAUCCAUUCAGUUAGGGAUGUCUAAAGUCUUAAAGCCAGAACGGUUAAUGGGAAUAAUCCCUUUAGGAUCAUCACCUGAGAUUCAGGUAGUUAUUCUGGAUGGAGAGACAGGAAAACUAUCUGAGACUCUGGCCCAGGACAUGAUCAAAGAUGUUAAAUCUCAUGGCUCCAUACUUGGGAUAACAAGAGCUGACAUUCAGACGGCUAGUGAGCCUGGAAACAGUGCAGGGACAGUAGUCGGAGCUGUGUUUGGAGUUUUAAUCAUGAUUACGCUUAUUGUGAUUGUGGUUGUGCUAAUCCGCAAGGGAGUUGUACAGAUGCCUCCAAUGCCUCCAAUGCCUUCAAUGCCUUCAAUGCCAUCCCUGAACCGCUUCAGGAGAAGCACCAACGUCGGUGACCUCAACGGGGAAAUUGACCGUGGAUUUGACAAUCCUAUAUUUGACAAGCCCGAUAUGCUGAAUAACAUUCCUGGCACUGAUUCCAUCUUCAUGACUCAGACUGGCGUCCACUUUGUAAAUCCAGCUUAUGAUGAGAAUGAAACCGAUUUUACAAUUUAAAAUUGAUUUUUCACACACAGUUUACUGAUGUCAACAUGUCAAACAGAAUGAUUAUAACUUUACAACAACUGGGUAUUAUCAAAGUGAUUAUAUGAUGGUGUUGGAUAAUGAUGAGUUUAGUGACCAAAUAAACUUGGCAGACAAUUAAAGAGAAUAA